ACUUCUUUCCCCAAGGCACACUUGCAUUUCGUAUCUCGUGUUGCCCUCAUUGCUUUGCAUUCUUGCAUUCCGCCAUUCGCCCUACUUCCGUUGCGCUGUCCUCUUUCCUACCCUUGUUUGCAGAUUGAUGAGCCGGACCCAACUAUCUAUCCUCCGCCCGCCGUCCUCUCCAGGCUGACUGUCCCACAAAUGGAAAAGGCCUUAUAGACUACACCUGCAACCCUCUUUCCUUCUUCUCGUAUAUACAAUCAUAAUGCCAGACGAUACCCUCAGAAAGCGCAAUACGCAGUCUUUGAUCAGUGACAUUUACAAGACGGAUGAAGCAGACAGCGCAGUGGAAACGAAAGAGCACCCUGCAGGGGAGAUCAAGUAUGGGACAUGGGCUCAGGUUGUUCGCGCUCUGCUGCUCCUGACGUGGUUCAACGGCACCUGCAUCGCGAUACACGUCACACAAUUCUUGGGGGCGCCUUUGUAUUUGUGGAAUAGAGACCUCUACUAUGCAUACAUGGCAUUGACGAAGCAGUCCUUCGGGAUCGUGGGUGUCGCUGGCACGCGCUGGUUUUCACCUACGAAAUUCCGUGUCAGUUGGGACAAGGAGCUGAGAGGCCAGUUCCACAAGACCACUUCAGGAAGACUAGAAACGUCCUUCCCAGAGCGUAUGGUCUGCGUCUCUAAUCACCAGGUCUACACCGAAUGGCUGUAUCUUUGGUGGAUUGCGUACACGAGUAGGAUGCACGGACACAUCUUCAUCAUCCUGAAAGAGUCACUCAAGUAUGUCCCUCUUCUGGGGCCGGGCAUGAUGUUCUAUGGCUUCAUUUUCAUGGCUCGCAAAUGGGAAAAGGACCAAGCCCGUCUCAAAUACCGUCUGGAGAAGUUGAAAACACGCCACAGUGGUCCAAUGUCUGGCUCUCAAGGGCUCGAUCCCAUGUGGCUGUUGGUCUUCCCAGAAGGCACGAAUUUAUCAGCCAAUACCAGGAAAGCGAGCGUCAAAUGGGCUGAGAAGCAGCAUAUUCCUGACACGAGGCACCUGCUACUUCCACGGAGUACUGGUCUUUUCUUUAUCCUUCAACAGUUGAAAGGUACAGUAGAUUGGGUUUAUGACUGUACAAUUGCGUACGAAGGAACACCGAAAGGGGCCUAUGCUCCGGAACUCUUCACGAUUCGGACGACUUAUCUGCAAGGACGACCGCCCAAAUGUGUCAACAUGUAUUGGCGUCGGUUUGCCGUUUCAUCCAUCCCGCUCAGCGACCAGGCGCAUUUUGAACAGUGGCUGUUAGAACGCUGGCGGGAGAAGGAUGACUUGCUCGAGCAGUGGUACAAUACUGGACGAUUUCCAGCCGAUGUCGAAGCAGCAGAUUCUGGGAAAGGGGUUUCCAAGGAUGGGUUCAUCGAGACAGAGAUGACUCUCAACAACUGGAUGGAAAUCGGACAGAUCUUUGUGGUGUUGGCCUCUGCCGCACUCAUGGUCAACGUGGCCUUGAAGUUUGUCGGGAUUUUCAAGACCUUGAAAUGAAGGCAUACAUGCUAUGAAUGGGCGUUUACCAAUGAAGGCGCUUUGAUGUUGCAGCAUAGCUUGAGGCCAGGCGUUGACUGGGCGGACGGGUCGACCAUGAGUCGCGACUCUUCCCCGUGCGAAUCGAUCCUGGUCAUGACAUGAGUUUUCUCAUAGAUCUUUGGACAUAGACACAGCAAUUCAUCUUUCGUUGUGCACACUG